UGAGUUUUUAGGAAUUGUUGUUUUUGUUUAAUUUGGGAGAAACUAUUGUGAAAGUUGUCCAAUAAACUUAAUAAUUCUUCAUUACCACGAUUUCUAUUAAAUAACAAUUAAUUACAAACAAUAUUUUCAAAAGAUCGUAACGAAUAAAGUUAUAUCGAAUUUAGUCGGCAGCUUUUCCCGAUAGAAAUCCCAGCUGUUUUACCAAAUAUGGUACUGCAAAUCACCCAAGAGACUUUUGAUAAUGCCGUUCAAGAAAAUGUGGAAAUCUUGGGGCUCAGCGAGACUGAAGCGGUCGAAGAAGCCGUAAAGCAGUUCGAAACUCAGGGGGUCGAUUUAAGUAAAAUUAUAAAAGAUAUAGCAAUGUCAAAGCAAGAAUUCGAAGAAAUCACUGCGGCAGUAAAAAAAUUAGAGCAGUUACAAAAAAGCAAAAGCUCCUCUGAGAGUAUUAAUGCCACACUCGAAGUUUUAAGAACUGAAUGUGAGAGAGGGUUGCAACAGAAAGUGGCCGCAGGGAAAGCAGAUGCAUAUUUUGUUCUCCUAAAUGUGUUUGAAGCUUAUAAAGAUAAAGUGGUAAGAGGCAAUACCCUCAAGACCCUAAUUGCUCUUAUGACCAAACAGCCUGACUUACUGGAAGACAGAGGGGUAGAUUUUAUAAUAAAUAAUCUUAAAGAUCAUAAUGAGGAUCCUGAAAUUCAAAGGCUGCUUCUGAGAUGGACCAAAGAAUGUUGUGUAAUGCACGAGAUGAAUAGGCAAAAGAUAUUUGGUGCCCAUUUUGUUGAUAUAAUAAAAAGUCUUCUAAAGGACACCACAACUGUAGAAGUAAUAAGGGAGGUGCUUGCAGUGAGUAGGGCACUGGUUUUGGAUGAUGAUGUUAGGGUAGAAUUUGGAAUGGCUCAUGAGCAUGCUAGAGUGAUUGCUAGUGAAACUCUAUGUGCUUUAAUGACCUUGUUGUCCAAAUUUAAAGGAGAGGAGCAAUUAACUCAGGACAUCAUUUUAACUCUCACUGCCUUAAUGGUAAGAUCUGAGUUUUGCAAGAAAGUCGAAGAUGCUGGUGGUUUGGACCUAAUCAAAAACGUUAUGGAAACCUUCUCAAAUACUGAUAAAAUCAUCAGACAGUGCUUUAAACUCAUCAAAGCUCUUGGAGGAAACGAUGACUGCAAAGUGCAUCUAAUUAAAAAAGGAUAUGUGAACAUUUUAAAGGAAUGUCUGAGCACCAGCAUGGAAAAUCCUGCUACUGUUGUGGCAGGCUUGGCCGCUGUAUCAGCCCUAACACUUAGAAGCCCCGAAAACAGCAAGGCAUUUUUCGAGGGGGGCAUCCCAGAGGUUAUCGUUGAAGCUAUGAAACAUUACCCUGACCAUAAACCUACACAUAAAACUGCCAGUUGGGCCAUCAGAAACAUGGUUUCGCGGAGCAAGUAUCAAAACCAGAAAUUUCUAGAGUUGGGAGUAGAAGAGAUUUUGCAACAAGACCUGAAAAAGUUUAAAGAGAUUGAGUAUGAUAUUAAAGCUGCUUUAAGAGAUUUGGGUUGCAAAGUGAACUUUAAGGAAGAGUGGACCGGUAAAGGGGGAGCUCUUACCUCUGGGUUUGAUAGGAACGAAAAUGACGACUGAGGGUGGGUAAAGAUGAGAAAAUGCUUUACUAAAGUCUUUAAAAUGCACUUAUCUAUCUACAAAAUUCGCUUAUUAAUUUGCCUACUUGUGCUCACACGUACUGAUUAUUAUAGUCUAUUUAUAUUAAAGCUUUAAUUUCUCCAACAUUGUGUAUUAGCUUCUUUUAUACAUUUUAUAUCAAAUACAUUUAAAAUAAAAUUAUGUUGUUGAAA